AAACAGACACGAUUUGAAAUCAAGCACACGUCGACAGUAUAUUUUAUACUUUGUAGGUAUCGUGUGUCGUUGAGUCAUAGGUAGAACGAAUCACACAACAAAAAGUUCUGCGAUAAAUAAGUAGAUUGAAUGUCGAGUCGAGCUCACGGUGUUUAGUCAAAAAUUAACUCGUGGGCGGUGAUAAAGUUUGUUUGUUUUUUUUUUUUACGGAACUUUGGUGUUUUCUUUGUGUCUUGCGUUAUCGAAUGAUUGCUCCAAGUUACGUAUUUUCCGGGAGUGAAUAGUUACACGGUAAUAUGAGACUCGACAAAAUAAACGCGAGCUGUUGUACUUAUUGUCGUUUUUGUUCAAGUCACUUCAAACAGUCGACCAAUAAACGCCUGAAUUACAGUUUUUAUUGCCUUCCUUACGUUUUGCUCGUUAUUCUUUUUUUCUCGACGAUUAAUGGUGCUUACGCAGCAGAUAGUUCACUAGUAUCGCGAAAACCCAAGAAAGACUUAGAAACAGAUACAAUUUUGUGCCGACGUUGCGGAUAUGAAUUGGCUAGUAAUCAUGAGAUAAUCAACCAUCUAAGUCCUCAGGCAGAAGUCAUACCGGAUGAAACUCUAUUUGAACGCAAAGGAGUAGACAUACAAAUCUUGAAAAAUUCAUUCAACAUCAAGUUUCAUACAAUUACUUUAACGAAAUCAGAAUGUGUUCCAGUUAACGAUUGGUAUAUGGGAGAAAAUUGGUACCCUGGUUACGCUUGGAAACCUUGUAUAUGUCCACGGUGCAGAACAUAUCACGGAUGGCUCUUUGAACCAUUAGGAGUUGCACAACUGAAUACUAAUUAUAUGUCCAGUAAGGCAUUUUUUAUGCUUAAACUUCAUAAUUUAGCAAGCGCUAAGUUUGUCAACUCGUUACUUGUAACUCCUAAAUCUUAUGUAAGUUAAAAAUGACUGAAUCAACACCAAGCUUUUUGCAAUCUUGCGAAGAAGAGUUUAAAGAUCGUUACACCGAAAAAGAUGAAGAGUUUAUGAAAAU